AUGUGCCUACCGGUGGAUAAAGGCGGUCUUGAUUUAAGAAGUUUGGAAGAUUUUAAUAUUGUGCUCAUUUUGAAGUGGAGGUGGAGAAUUUUUGAAGCUUCGAAUUCUUUGUGGUAUCGGAUUUUGAAGGCGAGAUAUGGGGACGUAAGGUUAAAAGCUUUGAUAGGAGAUAAGAAGACUGGUAAUAGGAGUAAGAGAUCCAUAUGGUGGUCAAACAUCUCUUCUUUGGAGAAAAGUUUUCCGGAAGAUUUUUUGGUGAAGAAUCUUAAAUUUCGUGUUGGUCUUGGUCAUUCUAUCUCCUUUUGGCAUGCUUCAAGGUCGGAUGCGGGAAUUAUCAAGGAUAUUUUUUUGAAUUUGUUUGACUUAUCUCUUUUGCAGGAUGUCUCUAUUUCUAAUAUGGGAGGUUGGAUAGAUGAAGAGUGA